CUCCUGCUCGCGGCAGUAAACAUGGCGGACGGCUAGCGGAGUCGGUGUGCAUUCAGUCCUGAAGGCUUUGGAUUUCUCUUUUACAGGACUUAAACGAUACGCUUUAUUUUGCCUUUAGCACCCAGUGGUGCGUCUACAGGCCGCUGUGCUCUGCGAGUUUUUCUUGAAUAAGAGGUAAAGGUGAAGGAGACGCACCGCAACCAUGGGGCGACGUUCAACCUCUUCCACCAAGAGUGGGAAGUUCAUGAACCCUACCGACCAGGCCAGAAAGGAGGCCAGGAAAAGGGAGUUGAAAAAGAACAAGAAGCAGAGGAUGAUGGUGAGAGCAGCGGUGCUGAAGAUGAAGGACCCCAGACAGAUCAUCAGAGACAUGGAGAAGCUGGAUGAGAUGGAGUUCAACCCCGUGCAGCAGCCCUUGCUGAACGAGAAGGUGUUGAGGGACAAGAGGAAGAAGUUGCGCGAGACGUUUGAACGCAUCGUCCGUCUGUACGAGAGAGAGAACCCCGACACCUACAAGGAGCUGCGCAAACUUGAGUUGGACUAUGAGACCAAACGAGGGCAGCUUGCUCUUUAUUUUGAUUCAGUCAAGAACGCAGAGUCGGUGGAGGUUGACAGCAUCCCUUUACCAGAUAUGCCUCAUGCCCCAUCCAACAUUCACAUCCAGGACAUCCCGUUACCAGGGGCUCAACCACCCUCCAUUCUAAAGAAAAGCUCUUUUGGUAAAGGACCUCUGUCGUCAUCCUCGGGACCGGUGUUGGCAACAGUCCCAGGUGUCCCACGCCUACCUCCAGGGAAGAAGCCCCCUGGACCACCACCCGGGCCUCCGCCUCCACAAGUCCUGGCGCUGUAUGGAAUCCCUUCUCGAAGAGCUUAUGGCACAGACACAGAGCCCUCAAUUCCUGGUUUAGAAAAGGACUCCGCAAUGGAUCUGGGAAGGGAUCGGGAGAGCGGCAGCGAGAGCGACAGAGAUCGGGAUGACGUGGACGACGACGACAGCGACUCUGAGGAGGACAGCGAAGAAGACAGAGAUGAGGGAGGAGACGAGCAGAGGAUGCGAGUGGACAGGCAGGACGAUGACAGAGAAAGAGAGGAGGAAAGAGACAGAAAUGAAAGACAUGCUGGUCGCAGUGUACGGUUUGCAGAUAUGCCUUCAGAUGCACCUCGUGAAGGAAAGAGAAAGAAGAAGAGGUUGGUGAAGAAGACCAAGGCCAUCACCCCCCUGCAGGCCAUGAUGUUGAGGAUGGCAGGUCAGUCGGUGCCUGAAGAGGAGGAAGAAGAAGAAGUGGAGGAAGAGUACACAGAUGAGUCAGACAGCUCUGACAUCGAGGACAGGGGACCGCCGGGGGACAACCACUCCCACAUUAUGCCCAAUCAGCGUCUUCCUCCUCCUGCUGGGGCCGUCGGACAACCAGGUCCUCCACACAUGCAAGGUCCACCGAUGGCUGGACCUCCACCGCUGGGUCCACCCCCAGCUCCUCCGAUGAGGCCUCCUGGUCCACCUUCUGGCCCGCCUCCUGGCCCCCCACCAGGCGCGCCUCCAUUCUUGAGGCCUCCCGGUAUGCCUGGAGGAAUGAGGGGUCCGAUGCCACGUCUCCUACCUCCUGGUCCUCCACCUGGUCGACCACCCGGUCCUCCACCGGGCCCCCCACCUGGCCUUCCACCAGGCCCACCACCACGUGGACCACCUCCAAGAUUACCACCCCCAGCACCACCAGGUAUCCCACCUCCUCCCCCCAGAGCAGGAGGCCCCCCACGGCCUCUUGCCCCGCCUCUCUCUCUCUUCCCUCCACCUCUCAACUCCAAUGUACUCAGUGCUCCUCCCAACAUUGUCCAGCGGCAAAAAGGCUCAGGGCCCAGCCAGGACGGUCCACAGAACAACAUGCCACCCCCAGCCAUGCCCAUGCGACCAGGUGUCAUGCAGAUGCCCCCUCCCCCUGGGACAGCUGCUGCCUCUUCGGGCGCCAAUCCUGGCAGCAACCCCCCCGGCCACCACCACGCAGCCACCAUCGAAAAACGCGCCAACAUCACCUCUGUUGCUGCUGCUGGAGGCGGCCUGGCGGCAGGUGCUGGCUCCGGCGGGGCCACCAUCUCUGCCAAACCUCAAAUUAUCAACCCAAAGGCGGAGGUCACCCGCUUUGUGCCCACAGCACUGAGGGUGCGAAGGGACAAGAGCAGCGCAAUGCCAGGGGCAGCACCUGGACCCAUGGAGAAAGCAGUGGGAGGUGCUGGAGGACGGAGGGGAGAUGACGGCAUGGGAGGAGGCCAGUGGCAGAAACAGCAGGCAACAGCAGCCCCGAUGGGCUUGGGCAACCCGGCCCAGAUGGGUGCUGUGUCUCAGCCCAACAUGAAGACUAAAGACCAGGUUUACGAAGCCUUUAUGAGGGAAAUGGAGGGACUCCUCUGAGACCCUGGAGGGUACCGACAGAACUGUUUGGUGGAGCGCUCUGAACACCAGGAGUGUCGUUUUUAUGUGUUUUCUGUGCAGAGUUAUAGAGCUCGCUGUCUUCAAAGCAUUCAGCUAGAUCCGUUUCUUUUUAGCAAGUCGACAAAAGGCAGAUCCUUCAGCACUGGUCUGAGCAGGCUCAUCUACAUUUCAUCUGGACUACUGUUUGUGACAUCAAAGAGAAUGUGAAUUUGAUUAUAUAUGUACAACUGAAGCAUUUAGGUUAGUUGUUAUUUCUUGAGGCAACCUGUUAACUCGUUAAAAGAACACUAUGCUCUGCACAGAAGUGCUUCUGGUCAUCUAGUAUAUUGUGUUUUUUUUUUUUUUUACCCUUCAGUUUCUCUUCUAGCCGACUAUUUGUCAUUUGACCAUCAGAAACUAUUUUGUAUGAUUGAUUUGUUGUUUAUUUUAUUGGUGAUCUCUUAUACAUCCAAGCAAAGUUGUAGAAGGUUUGUCAGCUACUGACAAAAUCCGUGUCUGAAACUGUUUGACCUGCAGCUAAAUAAAUACUUCAAAAAUGGUUUGUA